UGUUACUAAGUGACUCCAGCAUCACUGACAUUUGUGCCAUGUUAUAGUCAUAGUGACUUUAGCCACUAAAUGCUGCCAUAGAUGCCCACCGUCGGCCCAAUGACCACCGCUGGUCAAUUUACAAGUGCCCAAGUAACCUAAUUACACAACUAUCUCCGUCCGGUGCCGCCGGCCCUCAGCCCCUCUCCGCUCCCCAACCCCCUUCACUAUCCCUCUCCUGCAACUUCCUCCACUCACCGACUGCAACGUCCCCAAACCUGUUGCCACCGUGCAACCCACCCCUCCAACCCUAGCCAUCGUUGCUGCCAACCACCACGACUAUAGCCUUCAAAUGGAAACAAAACUCAUCUCAAUCACCGCACCCAAUCAUCGCACCCAGAUGAGCCGGUGUUCUUCUUGAGCCUAUCCUGCUGCACACAUCAGAAAGACUAUUGGAAGUUGGAAUUGGCAACAGUCGUUCUCAUUAUGCCGGUAGAUUCAAGACCAACUUCAGAGAACAAAUGGUGAAUCGGUGGGAACUCCAUGGAACAAGGGAGCGGCAGUAACCUCUUAAAUUUCAUCUCUGCUUUUUUGCUGAGCUUUUUUUGCUUCCAAAGCUUGCCCUACUAACUGUGUGUCUCUUACUUGUAAGAGUAAUAGAGUAUCAUUUGUCAUCAAUAGAGUUGGGAUUGAAGGUCAUAUGUGUGUGUGUGUGUAUAUAUAUAUAUAUAUAUAUAUAUAUAUAUUUAGGUUCAAAUGAGAACUAUGCUUAACGUGAGAACGUGAGAACUCUACUUUUAAGCAGAUGUGAUGCACUAUAUCAUGUAUAUGUUGCACAUUUUCAUGUUGACAAAAUAUUUAGAAAUCUGACACCACAUUUAUUUGAUAUUAGCACGUUUUGAUCAAAAUUUAAAAAGUGCAAUGGAUGAGCCUCAUAGUGCGCCGAGAUGUGUUAAAAGUGCAUGGUUCUCACGUUAAGCAUAGUUCUCAUUGGAACCGCUCCCUAUAUAUAUAUAUAUAUAUAUAUAUAUAUAUAUAUAUAUAUAUAUAUAUAUAUAUAUAUAUAUAUGUUCUCUAGGGGAGUAAACCAUUUGAUGCUCAGGGGAUCUAUUCUCCCCUUUUCGGUGGCAAGAGAUACUCCUAUCAUCAGUCAUCUUGCUUUUGCUGAUGAUUUGUUCAUAUUCCUUAAUGGCUCCUCCUCUUCGUUGCGGGAAUUCAGAAUAUUCCUAGAAGCUUAUCAAGAAGCUACUGGCCUACAGGUAAACCUCCAAAAGAGUACUUUUAUUACAGGCAAUCUGGUAACAAGACCGUAAAGACUAAAUGGAAUCCAUUCUACAAAUGAGAGUAUCUAAGCUGCCUUUCAAAUACUUGGGAGUCAAGAUUUAAUGUUCGGUCCCUUGCCACUCUUCAGGAAGCAUACUCAUGCAAAUUGUGGUGGAAUUGGAAGAUGAGGAAUUCUCUCUGGUCUCAUUUCAUGCAUCGACGCUAUCCUAGAGGUGAUAACAUGAUACCCAAACUCCCUGAUUCUCCCGUCUGGCGCAGAAUUUGCAGCAUCCAUAACCAAUGUCUAGAAUUCACUCAUGUCGCGACGGACGGCACUCCGAUAUGGUCUCUUUCUUCUGAUGGGUCUUCUCAUUAGCUUCUGCUUACGAGGGUCUUAGAGAGAGAAAAGGAUCAACCCUCUCCUUCACACAAACAUGGCACCCAAAACAGUAUUCUUCCAUUAAAUUAUUCUUAUGGAAACUCUUCCCAUAACAUUCUUCCCUUUCCCAACAAUUUGAGUAGGAUGCAGACGCUCUUAGCUUCAAUGUGUCCUAUUUGCUUAAACGCUUCAGCGGAAAUGGACGACUAUCUUUUCUCUUGUGUAUUUGCAACGGAAAUUUGGAACUACUUCAUGGGCAUAUUCCUUAUACCCAGACCUGCUCCUAAAACCUCCCUUAGAGAGGUCAUUUUUGCUUGGUGGUUACACUCAAGUAAUAACAAGCUUGAAAAUCUAUUUCUGAAGAUUCUUCCAGGUGCUAUUGCGUGGUUCUUGUGGAAGAUUUAUGCUGAAGUUAACUGGGAGCUUCUCACGUUCCUUCUUCAAAACAAAUCAUUUCACGUGUACAAUAUCACAUGUGGACCUGGGCUCAUUUCUUACACAACACCAAAUAUGCAAUUCAAAUUCCCUUACUACUCCAAGAGCGCAUGAUCCCGCCUUGGUCCAGCAAACUCAAAAUAGCCCGAUGGUUUAAACUGCUCCAUGGCUACAAAAUUAACAUCCAUACGUCAGGUUACAGAAGCGGUGCACUCUCUUUUGAAUCUCCUGGUCAAUCUACUCUCUUAUCCGAGCUUCGGGGGAAUAUUUACUAUGCUGUCAUGGACAUGCAAUAAUGACUACCACACUUAUACGAUGGAAAUUGAUUCAUUAUCUAGUUUCAUACUUCUAACCAGGCGACACAUGACGAGUAUAAGGGAAAUUAACAAAUUUGUUGAGGAGAUUCUUGACAUUGCUUGUUCCCAUGGAGUAACUUUCAAUUAUUGUUAACUCAAGUUAAUGUUGCUUAUCUUUUAUGUAAUUUGAUUUCCACGCCAAACUUUACUCACAUUACUAGCUCUCUUGUUCUUCACCUUCGUAUUCGAGGAGCUCUGAUUUUAGACUUUCAUAGCUUUCCUCAUGUACUUCACACUUUGGGGUUGUUAAAUGUCACACACCGGAAAAUUGAGAAGCACUAGAGUGCUAUAUUAAGCUUCGGGCUACUCCUCCUAACAGGUUGACCUUUUAGGAUGGAACCUCGGAUCUUAACAUGGUAUCAGAGCCAAAUCGAUCCAUGGUGUGGGGCCCCUUAUGAAAAAUGACGACACGAUAAAAAAAAUUGACGAACCGAUGAAAAAUGAAUGACGACACGAUCCAGACGAAGUGUCUGGUCGUGAGGAGGGGUGUUAAAUGUCACACACCGGAAAAUUGAGAAGCACUAGAGUGCUAUAUUAAGCUUCGGGCUACUCCUCCUAACAGGUUGACCUUUUAGGAUGGAACCUCGGAUCUUAACAGGGGUAAGGUUUUAUGUCCCCCCUUGUACUUUUUCUCUUAAUAUAGUAAAAUAUAUAUAUACAAAUAUAUAUAGUCUCGUUCCUAUCCGGAGCUCCUGAACAGAAUUCCCGUGCGGACAAGACCAUCAGAGGGUCUUCCUGGUGGAAUUUUUUGAUGAAAUUUUGUAAGCAUGUUACUCAUCAAGUCUAGUUUAUUCAUACAAAAUUUCAGCUCAAAAUUCAAUCGGGAAAGCAGUCACAUAAAUUUUUGAAACAUAUGGCGAAUUCUGCGCACAUAUAUUGCGCAGUAUGUAUCAAGAAUUUAUUUGACUGCCUUCCCGAUCGAAUUUUUGAGCUAAAAUUGUAUGAGUAAAGUAGACUUGAUGAGUAACAUGCUCACAAAAUUUCAUCAAAAAAUUUCACCAGGAAGACCCUGUCCCUCUGAUGGUCUUGCCCGCACGAGGAUUCUCUUCAGGAGCUCCUCAUAGGAAUGGGGCUCUUUCUCUCUCUCUCUCUCAAUAUAUAUAGUAUGAGUAAUGAUCCUGUCCAGCCGGAGGGACAGGAGGCGCCGUCCGGCCGCAGCCAUUUGGGACGGUUCUUGGUGGAAUUUUUUGAUGAAUUUUUUUUAGUAUGUUCCUUGUGAAGUCUAGUUUAUCCACUAAAAGAAUCAGCUAAAAAUUCGACCGGGAAGGCAGUCAAAUAAUUCUUUGAAGAUAACUGCGCCAAAUUAUACUUAUAAAACGCAGUUAUUUUCCAAAAAUUAUUUGGCUGCCUUCCCAAUCAAAUUUUUAGCUGAUUUUUUUUGUGAAUAAACUAGACUUGAUGAGGAACAUGCUCAAAAAAAUUCAUCACAAAAUACCACCGGAAACCGUCCCAAACGGCGGCGGCCGGACGGCGCCACCUGUACAUCCGGAUGGACAGGACCGGAUGGACAGGAUCUUUUUCAUAUAUAUAGAGAGAAAGAGAGAGAAAAGAAGGGUUCUAGAGAGAGUUGAGAGCGUCUCUCACUAGGCUUCUCCUAGGUUGCUCUCUCUUCGCCCUUCAAGUGUCCGGAGCCACCAUUCACGGUGGACCGCCGCAGCCGGAGCCCUCCUGGCUCCGGUAGGCUUUGUUUGGUUUUGGUCUGAGUUUUUGGAAACUUUGAAGGUACUGAUUCACAGGUGAGACCCACACUUUUCUGGUGCGCUGGUGAACAGGAACUCCGGUGGUGCUGUGGUGCCUUAUGGAAGUCCUCGAAGGCGGCGUCCUUUGAUUUCUUGGUCGGAGGUCCAGGCCGGAAUACAGAGAAAUAAGUUUGACCUGAGUUGCUGUCUGAUACAUCCUCAUGGGGUCCGCUGGUUCUAAUUACUGCUGGUUUAUGCUUCAGAUGUUGACCGUUGAGUCUCGCUCUCGUCUUUCCCUUCUCAUUCACAACCAGGGUAAAAAUCCUCCGGUUACUGUAGCAGUUGUCGUCCUCGUAAGUGACGCCGGAAAGGUUGGGGAUCUCUUACAGCCGGAGGACAGGUGGAUAGGGACGCUUGUCAAUGGCCUGUAGAGCUUCCAGAAUGUUAAGGGUCCUGCUGCUUUCUUCGCUGCUUCACAAAGUUUGCAGAUGGCCAUUUUCCAAGUGGGAUGGUGUUUUCCGUGGCAGCGCCGAGGGAGGGAAGUCCUGGAGCAGGUUCUCAUGCGGCCAACCCGCCAAGCUGCUUCGUUAGGAAUCCUGACGCGUGUACAGUGACUGUUGGACAGGCUGUCACAGUCAACUUUCGAAUUUUGAAGGGAGUGUUUGUGAUUGCUUCUACUUUAAAAAUGUGUUUUUUAAAGUGAUUUUAGAUAAAGUGGUUAAUAGUAAAAGUUGGUAGCGUUUGAGAAAAAAGUGCUUCUGAAAAAGUAAAAGUUGGUAGUGUUUGAUAAAGUAAGUGCGUUUUGUGUAAUAGAAAAAGUGAAAAGCAGUUUAAAGCACUCAUCAACCUGCUUUCAACUUUUAGCUUUUAAGUGUUUAAUUUAAUUUACGCAAAGUUGUCAUUUGAAAACACCAAUUUUGAAAUCUGCUUGGUUUUCCGCGUGAUGAUGCGGCGCGGGAUGGAAUGCGACACUGGGCUGGGCGAGUUGGGCUGAUCCGGGAACUUGGUCAUCUGGGAAGCUACUGCACUGAUGGGCUUCGGCUGCAAGCUACUUGACUUCUUUGCUGAUGCGGGAAGGCUGAUGCUCCUUCACUGGACCAGACACCUGACUGCUGGGAUCUGUUUUUGCUGGGCUUUGGCUAGGGACGGGGUUUUCACUGGUCCGAAACUAGUUUGGAUCUGCUUUUUGAUUUAUUGAUUUACUGUUUUUUACGUUUAAAAACUCACUCUCUGCCCCUUUCCGAAAGUUGGGGGGAGAGGGGCGUUAGUUACAAUUUUUGCCUAGUUUAGCUAGCAUAGAUAGUUUUGAUAAAUUGAUACAUGGUAGAUUCUAUGGUACCCAUAAGGUACCAUACCUUUGUAUACAUGGACCAAUGAGAAUGUAGCAGUUGAAUUAUUUAAAUCUAAAUUAAAAAUGAUAAAGUGAUAUGG